CGCUGCAGCAGUGGUGCCGGCAGCAGUGCGAGGGGUACCCCGACGUGAACAUCACCAACAUGACCACGUCGUUCCGCGACGGCCUGGCCUUCUGCGCCAUCCUGCACCGCCACAGACCUGACCUCAUGCCCUGUGGUCACAGGAAGCUGCCUGGGGACAGAGGCCUUCUGUUCCAGGCCUGAGGGCCUGCUGCCCAAGCCCCUGCUGCUGCCUUCCUGCCCGGGCUCUUCAGAAUGGCUCCCGCCCCUGGGGGCAGCCCUGGCCAGCGCUGGCCCUGAAGCCCAGCCCCGCUGCCGCCCAGUGCUGUUUGUCUCAGUGUCUCUCUGGGUUUUUGUCCCUGGAUCCCGCUCUGCUUUGGAGAAACUUCAGUGCCCUCCGGAAGGAGAACAUAUAUGAGAACAACAAACUGGCCUUCCGUGUGGCUGAGGAGCAGCUGGGUAUCCCAGCCUUGCUGGACGCUGAGGACAUGGUGGCCCUGAAAGUGCCUGACCGGCUGAGCAUCCUGACCUACGUGUCCCAGUACUACAACUAUUUCCACGGCCGCUCCCCCAUUGGGGGCAUGGCUGGUGUGAAGAGGCCCUCGUCAGACUCCGAAGAGGAACCUUCUGGGAAGGCCCCAUGCCAGCCGGCCAAGCUGCCCGCGCAUGCCCCAUGCCAGCCGGCCAAGCUGCCCGCGCAUGCCCCAGCUCGGGGGCCACCACUCUCUCCAGCUAGGACAAACCCCGUGGUCCAGAGGAAGGAUGGGGGCUCCGAGGCCUCGUCCCCGAAGACUGGCCCCGCGGUGGCAGGAAGCUCGGUCAGCAGCACCUGUGGGGUCUGCGGCAAGCACGUGCACCUGGUGCAGCGGCACCUGGCUGACGGGCGGCUGUACCACCGGAGCUGCUUCAGGUGCCAGCAGUGUUCCAACACACUGCACUCGGGGGCCUACCGAGCCACAGGGGAGCCGGGCGUCUUCGUCUGUACCAGCCACCUCCCCAGAGCUGCCUCUGCACAGCCCACACUGCCAGGCCCAACCUCCAGACAGACGGGGGCCGUCCCUGGGCACGCCUGGCCCCCCAGUGCCCCCCAGAAGGCCCAGGAGACAAAUGGGCUGAGAGAGGCAGCCCCAAAGGCCAGGCCCGUGGCCCAGGGGCCUGUAAUAGGCAAUGCGACCGCCAAGGGCUUUGUUCCCGCGGCACGGGACCCUCCAGCCACCUCCUCUCCCAUCCAUGGGAGGAGCCCAGCGGGGCCCAGGCUGUCCACGAGCCGAGUGACCUCCUCUGUGGACGGCAAAGUCAGCACACGGGUGACCAACAGCUCCCCAGUGGGGUGGUCGUCUCCUGCUCAGGGUGCAGUGGCAGCCAGCUCGCGUCCUACUGUGUCCCCAAGUGCCCCGGACCUUCGUCCUGCCACACCGCAAGGCCGGGGGACCCCCCAAGUGGCAUUGGCCCAGACCAAGCUGCUUUCGAGCUCAGGGUCCCCAGGCCCGGCGGACCCUCCGGCCUGGACCCCCUCGGCCUCCAGGACCCAGCAGGCCCGAGAGAAGUUCCUCCAGACGCCAGUGUCCCCCAGCAGUGGCCCAGCAAGCAAGGGCCCCGCUGCAGCGGAUGCCUCUCCCCGGGACAGCUGCAGAGAGCAGGCCCUGAGCUUCCUCAGGAAGGCCCUCCCGGGGCUGGAGCAGGCUGGCACCCAGGCACCCAGCAGGCCCUCCCCAGUCACCACUCCUGCCCGCAAUCCCCAUCCCCAAACUGACAGGCCACAAGCGAUUCCCGCAGCCCAAGCCUCACAUUCAGCGGCUCCCCAGGCUCGUAGCCCCCCUUCAAGGACGGAGCUGCCUCCCCCACUGAGUGUGGGCAGCACAUCAAGGCCAUCGCCCCAGGCUGGCAGAAGGAACUUGACCGUGUCCUCCAGGGUCAGCUGGACAAGUGCUGUCUCUAGGCCGAAGCCGGAGGCCCCGCCUGAAAAGGGCCCAGGUGCCAGCCCCCAGGAAAGCCAGGAGGACAGGCCAGAAGAAUGGAGGGCCCGCCUGAAGCCUGUGGACAAGAAGACCCCCGCUGGCAGGUCUUUGGAUCUGAGGGAGCCGCGAACCCCGGCAGAGCUGAGGGCGGGAGAGGCCCUCGGGAAGGUCUCGGGCGACUCCACUGGGGGUGUCUGCAUCACCCUGACCCCUGUGCAGCCUGAGGGGACACCAAGACCCGUCAGCCCCAGGUCUGGCACCUCAGCCCCUCCCCCCUCCCCCACCCUGGUCCAUCGCAGGAGACUGGCCAUCCCUGCCAAUCUCGAUGUUUCUGCUGACUGGCUGCAGCCAGAGCCCUCUGGGCAGGAAGCCCUGGCCAGAAACUGGAAGGAGGAGAAGCCCCAUCCUGAGGGCAAACCAGGGAGGCCCUUGGGCCCGGCGGGUGUGCCCACUCAGCCCGGCAAGAAGGUGACCUCCCCCGUCAGGCUGCACCCUGACUACAUCCCCCAAGAGGAGAUCCAGAGGCAGGUGCAGGACAUCGAGAGGCAGCUGGACACCCUGGAGCUCAGGGGCGUGGAGCUGGAGCAGCGUCUGCGGGCAGCAGAGGGAGAUGACACGGAGGACAGCCUCAUGGUGGACUGGUUCCAGCUCAUCCACGAGAAGCAGCUACUGCUGAGGCUGGAGUCGGAGCUGAUGUACAAGUCCAAGGACCAGCGCCUGGAGGAGCAGCAGCUGGACCUCGAGGGUGAACUGCGACGGCUGAUGGCCAAGCCUGAGGCUCUGAAGUCACCCCAGGACCAGCAGCGGGAGCAGGAGCUGCUGAGCCAGUAUGUGAACACGGUGAAUGACCGCAGUGACAUCGUGGACUUCCUGGACGAGGACCGGCUCCGGGAGCAAGAGGAAGACCAGAUGCUACAGAACAUGAUCCAGAAGCUGGGUACCUCAGGUCUCCAGAGGAAAAAGUCCAAGUUCCGCUUUCCUAAGAUCUGGUCCGCUAAGAGCAAGACUGGUCAACCCGAGUGAGCUGCCCGGCAGGGGCUGCAAUUGCCUCCCUGGACCUUGGCCCAGACCGUGCAUCUAGGCUGGAGGAGGGACUGGACUGGAGGAGCACUCUGGCCACAGGGCCUGUGCCUCCCUUUCCUCGUGGCUUCCAAAAAGAAACUAGCUGGGCGCUAUGGCGCACGCCUGUCAUCCCAGAGACAUGGGAGGCUGAGGCAGGAGGAUCGCGAGUUCAAAACCAGCCUCAGCAAAAAGAGAGGCUCUAAGUAACUCAGUGAGACCCUGUGUCCAAAUAAAAUACAAAACAGGGCUGGGGAUGGGGCUCAGUGGUCGAGUGCCCCUGAGUUUAAUCCCUGGUACCAAAAAAAGAAACUGACUGAUGUCCCUGAUGUCCUCCUCCACAUUCCUUAGGUGAGCUGGGGGCCCAGCACCAGGCCCAAGGGCCCUACCUCAGUCCAGCUCUACCCAGAGGGGAUGAGCUCUGUGGCCCUGAGUAGCAGCUGACCCUCUCUGGGCCUUGCCUGCGCUCACUGAGAAGGGUGCUCUGCCUCCUGGCUGCAUGGAGAGGCUGGACAUGAGCUUUGUGUGUGUGUGUGUGGGGGGGGGGCUGUGGAACUGAACUCAGACGUGGCCCCCAGGAGACGUGCACCUCAGGGCCUGACAUCUGAGACCUUGGCUGUUCCAAACACUGGUGGCCGGGCCCAGGAAUGGAAGACCCCUGGGUAGGGAAGGGUGUGACUGGCCAUAGGAACUCAGGACCACGGUCUGGGAGCUUAAAGAUGCCCAGUGCAGGCAGAGAGGCCAGAGGGAAGAGUCGGGAGGCAGACUGCCCGAGUGGUCACCAGGCCUGGGCCAGGUGCUCCAGCGUGGCCUGGUUCCCUGGGCCCUGGGCCUGUGAGCAGUUCUGAGCAGAGGCCCCGGAGCCUGUGUGUACUAGGGGGAAGCAGGAGGGGCUUGGGCAGUGGGCUGACGUCGCAGCUGAGCCUCUGGGGCUCCCCAGACCAAUGUCCUUAGAUCUGACCCACCUGGGGACCUGUGGCAGUGUGGCAUCUUGGCCACCAGGGGGAGGCAGAGUGCCACGCAGCAGGGAUGGGGCAGCCUGGCGCACCCCCAAAGCAGCUCCAUUUUUCAGAUAAGGAAAUCGAGGCUCAGAGAGGUGAUACAAUGUCCUGAAGCUGCACAGCACAUUAUAUGCAAGGCCGGGGACUAGAACCUGGGGUCAACCUCUGGGCUUCUAGACUGUGCCCUUGAAGGGCCGUGAGUGCUCCUGGGGGGUGAGUCAGGAGGGGAGCCAUGGGGCUUUUGGACAGGGAAGACAAGGGUGUCCAGAUACUACCUUGGGCACCUGGGCUGGGCCUGCUGGGGCCACACAGCUCCAAGGUACACCACAGGGCAAUACUCAGGAUCCAGCCACCAGGGGACCCCAGGAACAGCUGUAGGGUGCCUGGUGGCACUGGCUGGACACCCCAAUGCUCAUUAAAUGGUGCCCUGAAAGUCAAGGCCCCCAAGCACUGACCAGCACUGACCAGCAGGGAGGAUACAUUGCUGCCUGCCAGGGGCCUGGCACUCGCAGCCCCGUGUGACACUGGCCAUUGGGAUGCAGACUUAAGGUGCCCGACCUGGCCGGAUGCUGGGCUCCAGCAGCCAGUGUUGGAGCCGUGAGGCCUGUGGGGCCCUGGGGUGGCCUCUUGGGGACUGGGUGGCGCUGGUUCAUCCUGCUUGCCCUCAACUUGGAAGUGAACCAGUCCCCCCACAGCUGACCAGACAACUUGCCCUGCACCCCAGACUGGACUUGGGGCUCGGGCAAUCUCCAGAGGUGCCCCAGGGCCACCCUCUCCUGCCUGUGUACACAGGAGGCACUUAAUGUGUGCUCAGUCCUCUCUAUUCCCAGAGUGGCCUGGAACAGCAGUGUUCAUGCGUGAAUAUAGGGUGGGGGAUAAUCAGGGAGGGGCUGCCUCUGUCCCAACCCAGCCCUGUGUCCAGGGGUCCCCAGGCCUGCAGCCCCCGGGGGUCUGAAACAGGCUGGGUUGAAGGACAGUCCAGGCCUGGGCUCGCCGGGUGGCCCAUCUUCCCAGGGCCCUGUGGGGACUCCAGCCUCACCCCUCUCCACUGCUCCCAGCUCCCUGGCCUCUGUGUCACAGGCCCCUCUGCCUGAACCCCCGAGUCCUCCGUCCAGGUCCCUAUGCCCUCCUGGGAGAGGGGCCUUGGUCCCUCAGCCCCUGGAGCUCACCUGGCUUUGGCUGUUGUCCGGGCCCCUCUCUCAGGUGGAGGUUCUUGAGGUCAGGGGUCGCCUGUCCCCGCACUGUGUGUGUGUCCCCUGCUCUGGUAUGGUGCCUGGCCCCGAGCAGAGCUUGGCCGACAUCCCCUGGGGGGUGUGUGUGAAGGAGCGAGGAAACCGGGUUCCACCUGUGACGCAGGCUGUCCGCGGCCUAUGGCCUCCAGUUUGUCACCUGUGCACCAGCAAUGGAGCCCGACACUGCCUGAGCCCGACAGCGCACUGGUGAGGGCUUGAGGUCCCUGGGGGGCCUUCUGGGGUGUCCCAGAGCUGAGGGCCACACCUCUACUUGGGCCAGACCCCCACCCAGUCCCCGCAGUGUGUGUAGGGCCCGGGGUGAGAGCUGAACCCACAGCCUACCCCUGUUCCUGAGGGCCAGGGCCUGCCUGGUCACCUCCGGGUGGGCCUGGGGGUGCUCAGGGGCGUCAGGAAGACCCCAAGGGACUCAGGGGCCGGGGAAUGUGGAGCCAGGUGUGGGAGUGGACACAGCUCUGGGUGGCCCCUCCCUCUUCCCUGGAGAUCCCUAACCCCGCAGGAGGGGUGCAGCCAGAGGACAGGGCCAGGGCGGGGGCAGAGCCCUCCCACCUCGUCCCUGGUCACCUCUGCUAGCAGAAGCCUUUGACCAGGUGCGGUGGCAGUUCCGGAAGCGCAUCUGUCCCUGGUCCACCUAGGGGCCUUUCCCGAGGAAGCCCAGCCUGGAGUUUGGGGUUCUGCACUAACGAGGCCUCCCCCUUGAUGAAGACGGAUAGAGCGAACGCGGCCCAUUAAAUGGUUAAUAAAGAAGAUCCCCCACACACCUUCCUCCGCAGCCGUCCUGACACUUUAUAAAGCACAUUAGGAUGUAAUCCAAUUGAAACCGCAAUAUCGAGAACAUCUUAUCUUAUCACAAAUUGAAAUUAUAUCAUAUUCCUCUUUUCUUAAAUUAAAAAGCUAAAACCUU